CUCCUCCCCACCCCACUGUCAUGGCCUCGGUCACACUGCCUCCUGUUUUGCAGGUUGAUCGUGAUAACCUGUCCAUUUAUCUCCUUAGACUUGGGGCUCAAGCUGAUGACCUGUGAGUGGGCAGAAUCUGGUCAUAGUGUUUGCUUAGUGUGGGGCUUAAAGAAUUUUGUUUAGUUCCUCUGAUGCUCACAGUUCCCUGCAGGUGUGCCCAACAUUCCUGUUACUAUGCAUCUGACCAGCUUCCCAUGUACAUGCCCGUGUCCUCCAGCUGGCCCUUUCAGUUUGUCAGCCUCUCCUUUACAAGGACAGGGGCUGUAUCUGUCUGUCUGUCUGUCUGUCUUUGACCCCAGGAUCCAUGGCACAGGGCGCUCUGAAGAGCAAGUGUUCAUUUAAGUUAUGUUGAUGAGUAAGCAAAUACACUGAGUGGGACAAAAGUGCAGAACAGUUUAAUGUGCGCAAAAACAGUUAUGAUCGUAGGUGCACAGAAUAUCUCUGAAGGAUUCAUAUAAGCUUGGUAACAGUGAUGCGGUGGAGAAUGGAACUGGGUGGUUGGGCGAUGGGUUGGAAUCAUGAUACCCCUGUUCUUUGGAAUUCAGGUUUUACAAUUAAAAUCUUAAUAAUGAUGACAUUAAUGUAAAAGAUCAAGUCUUGGCAUUUGAGACCUUUCUUGCUGUGGGCUCAUCUCUGUCCUCCCAGCCUUGAGCCGCCUCUAACUCUGAUAUGGUCUCUCCUCUAUUCCUGCAGUGCCUGGUUUGAGAUGGGGUCCCAGGUCUCCAUGGAAGUGAGAGGUGUGCAUGUGGUGAUCGUAGGUGGAGGCUUUGGUGGGAUUGCAGCCGCCAGCCAGUUGCAGGCACUGAAUGUCUCCUUCACGCUGGUGGACAUGAAGGACUCCUUCCACCACAACGUGGCAGCCCUCCGGGCCUCCGUGGAGAGUGGGUUUGCCAAAAAGACAUUCAUUUCCUACUCGAAGAGCUUCAAGGAUAGCUUCCGGCAGGGUCGGGUGGUUGAGAUCGAUCUAAAGCAUCAGAAGGUGCUGCUGGAGCAUGGUGAGGCACUGUCCUUCUCACAUCUUAUCCUGGCCACGGGUAGCACUGGGUUCUUCCCCGGCAAGUUGAACCAGAUUUUCAGCCAGCAGGAUGCCAUUCAGGCCUAUGAGGACAUGGUGAAGCAGGUCCAGCGCUCCCAGUCCAUCGUGGUGGUGGGUGGAGGCUCUGCAGGAGUGGAGAUGGCAGCGGAGAUUAAAACAGAAUACCCCGAGAAGGAGGUCACUCUUAUUCACUCACAAAUGGCCCUGGCUGACAAGGAGCUCCUGCCCUGCGUCCGGCAGGAAGCGAAGGAGAUCCUGCUCCAGAAAGGGGUGCAGCUGCUUCUGAGUGAGCGGGUGAGCAACCUGGCGGAGUUGCCUUUCAACCAGUAUCGAGAGUGCAUCAGUGUACAGACUGACAAAGGCACCGAGGUGGCCACCAACCUGGUGAUUGUCUGCAAUGGUAUCAAGAUCAACAGCUUUGCCUACCACAGUGCAUUUGAUAGUCGACUGGCCAGCAAUGGUGCCCUGAGGGUGAACGAGUACCUCCAGGUGGAGGGCUGCAGCCACAUCUAUGCCAUCGGCGACUGUGCGGAUGUGAAGGAGCCCAAGAUGGCCUAUCACGCCGGCCUCCAUGCCAACAUUGCUGUGGCCAACAUCAUCAACUCUAUGAAACAAAGACCCCUCAAAGCCUAUAAACCAGGUGCACUGACGUUCCUCUUGGCCAUGGGGAGAAAUGACGGUGUGGGCCAGAUCAGUGGCUUCUACGUGGGGCGGUUCAUGGUCCGGCUGGCCAAGAGCCGGGACCUCUUUGUCUCCACAAGCUGGAAAACCAUGCGGCAGUCUCCACCCUGAUGAGGAGACUGGGCGGGAGACGAGGUACCACCAUAGCCUGGUGAAUGGAUUGCUUGACAAGUGGUACCUGCCUGACAAAUGCCAAAGGGCACUCUUUCUGGAGUAAGAUGCCAGUGAUGUACUCACCAGAGACACAACUUACAGAAAAUCAAAAAUGGAGAGGAGAGGAGAGGAGAGAGGGAAAGUGAGAGAGGACAAAGGGAGAGCGAGAGGAGAGGGAGAGUGAGA